AUGGCCAACACCUAUACUAAGAUUCAAUUGCUUCAAGCAAGCGUGGACCCGGAUAACGAGAUGGAAAGCGAGUUUCGAGUCCUAGUCGAUGGCCAAUUCGUCAAAUACAUUACCAUCGAUCCUGGGCUCUACGACCCUGACGACAUGUGUUUUCCCCCUGCUUUUGCAUCGCUCUUGCCACAAUUUCCAGAUGGAGACUGGAAUGAGGGCCGCAUCUCCCGCGACCCGACAACAGGAACCCCGCAUCUCGUUACCUCGAAAGUCGAUCUUCCGGGGAUCCCAGAUAUUUGGCAUCCUGCUCAAGUCGAUCAUCUCGAGCUUCACGUAGAGAAUCAACUACGUUCGAAUGUUCUCGAGGUCGCAUGCGAUCGCUUUGAUUCCGUCGUCAUUGCGAAAUUCGCGCGCUUUCCUUGGGAGCUGCCGCGAUUAGAGGCCGAAUCGGCAGUGUACAAAUGGCUCGAAGGCCAUGGAAUUGGCCCUGCGUUUCUGGGUCAUUUGACUGAAGAAGGCAGGGUGAUUGGAUUCAUCAUGGCCCGGAUUACACACAGUCGACAUCCUACGCCUGGGGACAUCGACGUGUGCAGGCUUGCUUUAUUGAAAUUGCACAAAUUGGGAAUCAAACAUGGAGACAUCAACAAACAUAACUUCCUUUUACAUAACGGGAAUGUGACCCUCGUGGACUUCGACAGCGCAACACGGGUCACGAGUCAAGAAGAGCUAGACGAAGAGCUUCAUUCUCUAGAUAGCCAACUACGAGAUACAUCUGGGCUUGGCGGUGUUAUCAUGGAAGAACUACGUUGA